AUGCGAGACAGGACCACCGACAGGACUCUGCCGGGCACGAAACAAAAGCUCGCGCGCUACAACUCCUACCGAGGAAUUGAGAAGCCGCCGAAAUUGGAGGAUAAAGCCGUACUUGAGGCCCUGGACAAAACUCUGCAAACUCGCCUGAAAUUGGACAAGAAACCGGCAUUUCUGCCACCGAAGGGUCAGUCAGUACCGGAGAUCAAGAACGCCUGGAAGGAGAUGGAAUUUCGCGAGAAGGGCUUCGAGGAUUGGUUAUUGGAAGAAAUUCGACGACUGGAACAGCUGGACUACCUGGUGAAGAAGUUCAACCUUAAGUGCUCCACCCACGAGGCUUGGUCCAAGGGCAAAGAGGCAGCACUUACGCAGCGGGAUUACGAGAACGCCGGCCUCUCGCAGCUGAGGGCCCUCUCACAGAAGCACACGGCAUUUGAGAAUGACCUCGGAGCCCACCAGAACCGCGUGGAGCGGAUCGUUGCCAUUGCUGAGGAGCUGAAUGCCUACCAUUAUGAGGAUGUUGAAACGAUCAAUAAGCGAACACAGUCGAUCGUUUCCGAGUGGGAUCGACUUGGUGAAACUUCUUUGGUUCGCAGGACGGAAAUCAACAAACGACUGGAUGUACUUGAAAAAAUUGACAGUCUCCAACAGUCGUACGCACGGCGAGUUGCUCCUUUCAAUAACUGGCUGGAGCAAGCCCAAGAGGACCUGCAGGACAUUUUCAUUACCGAUCGCGUGGAAGAAGUCUCUCAACUCAUCGCUGGACAUGAUGCAUUCAAACGAACCCUGCCAGCCGCUGAAAAGGAACUAGACGACAUGAAACGGGAGGCCAAUGAAGUCGAGCACCUGGUUAAGGAAAACAAUUUGCCGCAUGAGGUGGCUGUCAAUCCGUACACAAUGGUCAGCCACGAGGUAUGUUAG